CGGAGCGGAGGAGAGCGGCAUCUGGCCCCGGCGUGGCUGCGAUGCGGGUCAGGAUGAUUUCGGCUGCCUCCGUCCUCGUCCUGCUCUUCCUGCCCUCGGAGACCUGCUCACCCCUGCAGUGGCCCCGGGGUCCAUCCCGCAGGCUGACCCCGGCCCCUCAAGCCACCUGGGAGCCCUGGAUGAGCGCCCCGCGACCCUCGGUCCCUGCUGCCCAUCCCCUGCCCCAAAGACUGUGCCAGCUCCACGGGGCAGAGCCCACCCCGGCCCCCCGAGCCCCGCGGGCGCUGCAAACCGGCAAGAGGCGAGACGGCAAACCCAAUUCGUUGGAUCUCACCUUCCACCUCCUGCGCGAGUUCCUGGAGAUGUCCCGGGAGGAGAGACUGGCCCAGAAGGCACUCAGCAAUAAACUCUUGCUGCAGAGUAUAGGAAAAUGAGGGAGGGUCGUUGAAGGGGGGGAAUGAAGGAGACCGACCCCAUAGCGAGACGCCACGGCACAGCAGAGAAUGGGGGGAAUGCCGGGGGCUGCAGCCGUGCCCAGGGAGCUCCCACCUUGCCUGGCAGGGUCCCUGUCACUGCGUCCCGCGUGUCACUGUUGUGCAUUAAAGUCACCCUCGUACCCGC